AUGGAAACUAACGAUGCAACUGACGCUUUAUUUGAACACAUUGAUACAAAUCAAGAUGGAAAUAUUGAUAAAAGUGAACUUCGUAAUUGGUAUUCAAAUACUGACGGAUUGAAUCAUUCAUCAUAUGAAUCAACAACUAGUGGACUUUAUCGUAAUGAUAAUAGAACUAGUCGAUUUGAUCGAUAUAACUAUAAUGCUAGUUCUUACGAUGUUUCAGAACCUACGACUGAUAAAUAUGUCUCAUAUGGAACUACAGUAGCAGCUCGUGAGUGGGCUAAUGAUGCGGCGAUUAAUACAAGUAGUGUAGAAGAAACGAAUAAAUAUCUUCGAAAAUCAACUACUGAUCUUUUUCUCGAUCCUAAUCCCCAAAUUAUUCGACGAGCAACAAUUGAAGGUCCAAUAACACUAGAACAACGAAUAGCUGUUCGAUAUCUUCAACCACCACCUUUGCCAGAACCAGGACCACUCAUUAUUAAAGAAGUGCGCCCGCGACAACCAUCACCACUUCCACCACUUGUCAUACGCGAACAUGCACCACGUCCUCCUUCACCGCCUCCACUUAUCUUACGUGAACGACCACCAACACCACCGGCAUAUGUUCCGAGUGAAACAAUUACUCGUAGCUUAUCUCCUAUACCUGUUCCACCACGAUCAGUUGUCAUCGAACGUUUUCCACCUCCUCCGGAAAAACCACGUGAUAUUAUAAUUGAACGAUGGGUUCCAUAUGGACCUCAACCUGAACGCCGUACAAUUGUUGAACACGCUCCUCCUGCUAUUGAUUAUCCACGACCAUAUCAUAAGGUUAUUCUUUAUGAAACUGCUCAAACGCGUAUAAUUCGACGAUUUGAAAAACUUGGUGUUACCCAAGAAAAUCCUGACACUUAUGUAGCUCGUUAUGGAUCAUCACUUUUAGAUCCAACAAUGCUUACUCAAGAAUCUCGACAUGCUGGUGUUAUUGAAGAUAUAGAAUUAUUCAAACUAACCGAUGAUGAUUUUAAACAAGCUAACCCGAAGCACAAUGGCGUUAUUGGAUUUGAAUCAUGGUAUAUUGAUUUCAACGGCAAUUUACAAUGUAUUACCCGUGAUGUUGAAUUAUUCAUCUAUCUACGUGAUGUUAAACAUAUUCCUAUUAUGUUAUUGGAUACAAAAAUUAUGGUGGUUUUACCAAAGCAUCUACCUCCCCAAUGUUCGGUUAUUAUUAAAGGUGUACCUAAUACAUUUAGCAUUGAUGAUGUUAAAAAUGAAAUUACGAAUAAAUAUAAGUCAAUGUAUUCAAUUGGGGAAUUAGUAGGUACAAAUAAUGGUAGAACAAGAUAUCUACGACUCGAUUUAACUGAUACAAAUGAAUACAAACAAUUACUUAAUUCUGGAAUAAUAUGUAUCGAAGGUCAAUGUUUACAUGUUUUUUGA